UGGAUGGUACACAUACACAACUCUGCAUUGCUCCGCCAUCUUGUCAGCACUCUAGUUGUUUAAUAGCUCUAUGGCUCGAACUUGAAUCUGCUCGGCGAACUAGCAUUUGCUCGAAGAGAUCCGAACGUACUGACUGGUUUCUUGUUGACUGUUUUACACCGAUCAUGGCGGGCAAUAAGACAUUUUAUAUUAGUAAAGAAGAUUUUAAAUACGGAGAAUUGGAUCGAGAGGUGCAGAGAAAACAGAUCCACACAAUUUGCAGGGCAAUCAAGGAAGGCAUCGGAAAAGAGUUGAACAUAGAAUUUACUAUUGAGCGCAAUGGAACACUCCGAUUUUCUCUGUUUGGUCCACUCAAUCUUAUUGAAAAAGGUAUUGCUUUAAUCCAAAGACGACUGAGAAAGGAUCGUCUGCAAAAGAAAAGUGACCUCCCCGAUGGCAUUCAACCUUUGACACUUGACAAUCUCAAGCUGCACAACAAGAGGUUGGAAUCGCGGCGUCAAUUUUCUUGCAGCCCCUGUAAUGAAACGUGGUGGCGCUGGGUUCCUACUCAUAAACCAGUUUCACGAUGCUUCAAAUGUAAAGUCAGAUAUGAUGCACUCGCUGUUGCUGAUGAAUAUGGUAAAGGAACAUAUCGCUGCAGCUGUGGUAACAUCUUCACAGGGAAAGCGGUUCACAAUGUAGCAUGCAAGUGUAGUAGAUGUCAGGAAAUGGUUUAUCCAUCUGAAAUUGGGCCGUUAACAGAAGGUCAGCAGCGUCGUAGCAGACAUGGCCACUCGUGCGAGAGAUGUGACCACGGACGUAUAUACCCAUGUCCUGCAUUCACUAACCCUCAGAGGGUGGCACUUGGGAGUCAACCCCAUGAAAGUACUGGUUCCACAUGUUCAACAUUCCUGACACAACAAACAGCAUCUGAAUACUUUGAACCAAUUGACUAAACAAGGCAACUGGUCCAGAGCAAUUACAAGCAGUGCCAAACGGUUAUAAACAGACCUGAGCUAUCAUGAGCAUUUAAAAAUAAUACCAAUCCAUCAUGAGCAAUCCUGAGUAUUCACAGUCUAUAAAGAGUCCUGAAGAGUCCCAAUUCCUGAGCAAGUUGUGCAGAGAAAUCUUUUGUGAGUAUGAGAAUUUGCGAGUAGUCGCUAGUGUCUUAAAACUUUAUAUUUUCCUGGAUCUAUACCAAAUCAUAAUUUCCAAAUAUUAAAAGUACUGUAGAAAAAAAUUAUAUUUUAAUUGUGAAUUCAGUACUUUUAUUUUUAACAGAAUUUUCAACAAGGAAUAUAUAUUUUAUCUUGUAGCAGACCAGUUCUUCUAGAUUUAACCUUUCCAUUUAUACUGUACAAGUAAGAAAAUUGUUAAAAAGGUUUUAAAUUAAAGUAAUUUCAAUCCUUAUAUGUUGCAACUGCACAUGCUCAAGAUGUAUAGCUAAAUCUAAACAAUUCCUUAUUGUUUUUAUCAAAAGAUCUUUGGACUUUGAAUUGAUUUAUUUUUAAAAUUCAUUUGAAGACCUUGUUGUAUUUUACUUUUUGGUUUGCUAUUACCGUAUGUUCGUAUGUAUUACUACCAAGUUUCAUCAAUUUUGCUAGGUUGUUUGUUUAAAAUCAGUGCUAAUUUCUCAAGAUUUAUGGUAUUACAUUAACUCAAGUUUUUUCUAAAGUGAGAGAUCACGCUUGUCUCUUUCACACUUUACUAUAGUAAAAUGUUUUAAUAUAUUUUGAUGGAUUUAUUUAGGUUUGAAAUUAUAGAUGGUUGCCUUGUAUGUAGUUAUUUGUUAAAAAUCCUUCUCGAAUACCUAAUUCACAUGUACGGUAUACGAAAAAUUGUAACAAUUUUAUUUUCCCAAAUUUUGCCUUUUGGAAAAUUGUUUUAACACCUACUUUCUUCAACCAUGUAGGCCUAAUACCCAUGUAAAAUUAGCACAGCUAACAAUUUUACAUAUAACUAGACUUACUAUGUCUGUAAAACAGAACAUGGGCUUUUCCACAUUGCCAAAAUUAUUUAAAAAAUCAUUAAAAAAGUAUUUAAAAAAUACAUGAAAAAUAAACUCAUACUAAAGAAAAUUAUGAAGUAAAAAAAAAAUAAGCAUGAAAACAAACUUGACGUCAGACUAUGGCUGCAGUGGUAAUAGAGUUCUUAUCAUUACGCUAAGAACCUGAGCCUGUGGAAAUCAUUGCAUUUUUAGUUUGUCGUACCUUGCAUUGUAAGUCAUGGACGAAAAUUGUUAAUGCAUUUUACAGUAAUUUUGUGUUAAACACAGCUGUAGCUAGUUUGAAAUGCUUUAGGAAAUACAAAUUGCAUUAACAUGUAGAACGACACAUCUUGAUGGUCUUUGCUUGGACAAAGUUUGAAGAUCAUCUAAGCAUGAAAGAUGACCAAAGUGCCGGUCAGAAAACUCUGCAAAAACAUAGGAAAACGAUAGAAGAAAAAAAAAAAAAAUAAUAAUAAUGACUUUUCCUGCUAAUGCAGGAAAAGCCAAUAAAAUCUUUUUUCUGAUGUACUUUCACCACAACAUUCUCAACAUUCAGUUUAGAAAUGUGGUUAGUAGUAUUAGAGCAAAUAUAAAAAAUAUUUAAAAAAAGUAAUUUUAGGUGUAAAGAAUCACGUUUUAGCGUUAAGUAUAAUACAAGAACGUGAAAGAUAAAAUUGUGUAUGGCGAUAUAAAUUACUAGGUGUGGUCUCAUAGUUUACCAAUCUCUUACUACUGAAUAUUCUAUGUUAUGCUAAUUGUGGUUAGGAAUAUUCUACACUUUAAUAAUUUGAAGCAAAAAUUGUAGUUUUAUUUUAUUAAAUAUUAGUAGACACUUGUCACAUAAUUCAAUUUAAGAUAUAAAAUGUUUUAGCAUGACUAUUAUUAGUAUUAGAUGUUUAUGCAUAUUAAUCUAUUUUUGCAAUAUUUGUAAGUGCCUUCUGAUUUUAAUUUCAACACUUCUCCCGUGACACCCCUGUUGAUUUAUAUGCUGCUCCUGGCCUGCUGAUUUAUUUUAAACUUAUUGUUCUGAGAAUUUAUUGUAUACUUGUAGUAUUAUACUUGUAGUAUUUGGUUCACUGACAGCAUUCUUCCCUCAAGAACCGCUUUGCAAAAAGCAACAACAAUCUUUGACAAGAAUAAAAAAAAUAUUUUUUUACUGUAAAUUAUAUGGGGGUCACAGAAUCAUCAGUAGUUAUUUUGUGAUGAAGGAAGAAAUCUUCCCAGACCCUGAAAUUAAUUAAGAUUUAAGCAAUGUUCUAUGCUGCUGACCUAUUAUGUUAUAUCAUCAGUAUCACAAUUAAAUUGUGUUUGUAUUAAAAACAAUAUGAAAUAUUAUUUGAAAUAAAAAAACAGAAGUGUAUUUUAAAGAUUGCUCUAUAUUAUAUAAUUAUUAAAAACUGUUAGCUGUAGAUUUUCAGGGAAUUACCAUUUUAAAUGUACAUAAUUUAUCAAUGAAGAUUGAAAAUAAUAGCAUUCAAAAUGCUUAGAAAAAUGUCUGGAAAUCCACAGCAUUGGAGUUGGUAUAUAAAUAAACUGUAAUUGAUGUAAACUGAAAUAAAUAUUAUUUGAAUGUAGAAAU